AUGGUUGAUUACAGUAAAUGGAAAAAUAUUGAGAUAUCAGAUGAUGAAGAUGAGACACAUCCAAAUAUUGACACACCCUCCCUGUUUCGUUGGAGACAUCAAGCCAGGGUUGAGCGAAUGGAAGGGAGAAAACAAGAACUGGAUGCUAUUGAGAAAAAAAAGUCUGAACAGACAAAAAAGAUCAAUGAAAUUAAAGAAAAGGUAAAGGAAGCUGAGAAAUCUUCAGCUGAGAACUUGGAAACACUAAAUAAAAAUCUUCAAGAGCUAGAGAAAGAAAUGGAAGCUCUUAAGAAAGAAGAGGAUGACUUCAAAAAGAAGGACAAAUUAACUCCUUGGAAUGUAGACACAAUCAGUAAACCUGGCUUUGCUAAAACUGUUAUCAAUAAGAAACCUGCCCGCCCUAAAGAUGAGAAUUUGACAGAAGAAGAACGAGAAACAAGAAUGAAAAAAUUCAUUGAGGAAAAUAAAAAAGAUCUGAAAAAUUUUGGUAUGCUCCGAAAAUAUGAUGACUCUAGAAUGUUCCUGAAAUCACACCCACAUUUGGUUUGUGAAGACACAGCAAAUUAUUUGGUAAUUUGGUGUAUAAAUUUGGAGAUGGAAGAGAAACAUGAACUGAUGCAGCAUGUUGCACAUCAAACAAUUUGCAUGCAGUAUAUCCUGGAACUAGCUAAACAGCUUGACUAUGAUCCAAGAUCCUGCAUAGAUGCAUUCUUUUCAAAAAUACAAGUGGCUGAAGUAGAAUACAAACAAUCUUUCGAAGAUGAACUUAAUCAAUUCAAAAACAGGAUCAAGAAGCGAGCUGCUGAAAAAAUUGAGGAGGCAAUAAAGGAAGCAGAGGAAGAAGAAAGGCAGAAACGUCUAGGCCCUGGAGGCUUAGAUCCUGUGGAUGUAUUUGAGAGUCUUCCAGAUGAACUGAAAAAGUGUUUUGAAACCCAAGACAUCAAGCUCCUUCAAGAAACAAUCGCCAAAAUGGAUGAGGACCAGGCAAAAUAUCAUAUUAAGAGAUGUGUAGAUUCUGGUCUUUGGGUGCCAGAUGCGGGAAAGAAAAAUGAAAAUGCAGAUGAUUCAAAGGAAGAAGAAAAACAAGAAGAGGCUUAA